AGAGAGAGAGAGAGCGAGCGGCAGUGUCACUCUCUGUCAGUCUGUAUAGUUUGUAAAGUGAUUGACUCCUCAGAGUCCUGAAAGAAAUGGAGCAGCCACACACAUCUGAUACACACUUCACUUCUCAUUAUUGGAUACACACAGAGUUGGAUGCUAUUUUUAUGGCAGUGUGACGUUCCAGAUUAAUGGAUGGGAACACCUACUAAAGAGAAUCACAUGGUCAGUUUGCAUUAACCUUCAACACUGAGGAUUCACAAUAACCGCAUAUCAGCAUGGGACAGUGUGAAAAGAACGAAGACUACCACCCCUUAAACCAUAUGGACAGAAACAGCUGACACAAAUUAAAGUUGGUAAAUCCAAGACAGAAUCAUUUGAUUAGCUCCUUGAUGUAGGUCAUCAUAAGUGUCAACAUGAGAGCAGUUGGAAAUUGAAAAUGAACCAUCUAUCACCUUCCAGCUUAGGAAUGAUCCAUUUUCCCAGUUAUAUUUUCUUCUGAUCAUUGAUUUGCAUCCCUUUUUUUCCAAAUGGCCUUCUUUACAAAUACAGUAGCACACAAUUUUACUUAGAUCUUCUGCUAUGUCUUGUUGUUCUGCUACUGUCCAUUCAAAAAUCCCCUACGCUUAUUGUAAACCAAGCCACACCUAAAAAUAUGGAUAUGAAAAUAAUAUUUAAUAUACUGAAUGAUUCAGGUUUUAUGCUGCUCCUCUAUUAAUCCUAUGUUUGUCAAACCAUAUUUAUGUAUUCCUCGGUCAUACAAUAAUAUGCAAUAUCCUAACAAGUUAAUUUUUAGUGCAGCAAAUAGCAAUUGUUGUUGUUGGGGGGUUUUUUGUUGUUGUUGUUGUUGUUGUUUUUUUUUGGUAAAUCUUUAGAGGUAUCGAUUGCUUCCUGCAUGUUCCAUUUUCUCUCAGCUUGCUCUUUUUAGUAUCUCUGGCCUCAUUUAAGCCCCUGUCAGACAUUAGAGAGUAAAUGUUCUCCUAAAUAGCCUACCUGCAUUUGAUGAACAGAUGCUAAAUAUGAAGGAUUGCAAUUUUAAAGGCUUAAAAAGCAGACUUUCAUUCUGUUUUAACCACUGGAAGUGCUCAUAAGGUCAUAAUUCCACUUUUUCUGAUAAAUCCUUAUUGCAUUUAUGUUAUUCUGUACAAAUUAGUUUUUUCCUUGCUGUUAUUUCUCAUUUUCUUACAAAUCAUUAAAUCAGUCUUUGAUUUCUAUCGUUUGGUUUUAGCUGCUAGAUUAUUUGAGUGUCCUCUUUUCCUCUUAAUGGAAGGAUGUUCUUUUAUAACCUGUAUUUUCUUUUAAUACUUUUUUUCUGCCACUCAGAACAUUGGAAUCUAUCAGAGAUGGAGCUAAACAAAAGAUGUGUUGCUGCAAACAACUUUUUGACUUUUGGAGAAGGGAGUCAAUUCUACUGAAACUAAAUCGUAGAGGACAGCAAAUCAUGUCCAUGAUUUGAUUUGGUGGGGGUUUUUGUGUUUGUGUGUGUGUGUGUGUGUGUGUGUGUGUGUGUGUGUGUGUGUGUGUGUGUGUGUGUGUGUGUGUGUGUGUGUGUGUGUUUUCUUCCCAUAUUGUGAUGAUAUGUAUUUUAUUUGCUUGCUGUGAUCUGUAUGGACCACAACUGUCAGCUGAAAUAUCCCAGUGUGUAACUGUUAUACUCCAUACUAUAUAAUAUACUGUAUAAGUGCUAUUUCACAAACUGAAAUACUGACCAUGUUCAUAUACGAGGUUUUAAACUGAGUUCAUGUUUAUGUUGUGUUUUUAAACACCUCUCUACCCUGCAAAGGAAGGUGAAGAAUUCACAGCGGUACAAGAAAAAUUUACUUGGAUCUGUUUUGUAUAUCAUGGUGAACCACCACAAAAACAUCAUUUGAUCAUCCAGGGUUUUUGGGUUUUUUUUAGAUCCUUUUUAAAACUGUUUUUGUCAACAUUUUUACAAUAUGAGGAUGAACUCAGAAAUGGCUUCUCAGAUGCAUCUCUUUUAAUGUACACUUAAUGCCCACAUUUAUAUGUUUACAUGCACAUAUAUGGUAACUGAUAAAACAAUUCUUCCUUGUACAUUUUCAAUAUACCAUCCCUUCACUCAGCUUGCAUAGACAAAUACGCACACACGCACACACACACACACAGUAAGUAAUGGGAGCUGCACGUGUCAAGCGGCGUUUCAGCGCAGUAGUGGACACUCCUCUUAAUGAGGAGGAAGUCAUGAAGCUGGCUCAGAGUGAUGAUGUCAAUGAGGCCUGUACAGGAGAACUCUCUUCUCCAACUUGCAAUGGCAAGCUGCUUAGCCAAAACCACGAAGUACCAGGGAGUCUCUCUGAGAGAAACGUUGAAGAUGAUGAUGAUCAUGAUGACAGUGAUGAAGGAAGGUGGAGAGGAAGAGAAGGAGGCUGUGGCUUCAUGCUUGACGGUGUGACUAGGAGAGAAGGGGGUUGGGAGCGAGUUGAAAGAACUUUCUCUGUCUCACCUUCCCUGUUGACCCCUCUUACUGCCCAACUACACACCCAGCCUCGCAGACGAUUUGUGGGCAAAGAUGGCCGCUCCAACAUCACUUUCGUCAACAUGAACAACAGGGGCCAGCGGUACCUUACAGACCUCUUCACCACCUGCGUAGAUAUCCGCUGGCGCUGGAUGCUAGUGGUCUUCACCCUCUCGUUCUUGCUCUCCUGGCUUCUUUUUGGAUUGGUCUUCUGGCUCAUUGCAGCUGCCCAUGGGGACUUAAAUCCCCCACCACCGUCCUCCUCAGAUACCUCAUCCUCUUCUUUGUCUUUACCAGAGCAACAGGGGGAGUAUUCUGCAGUGCUGCUGGAGCCUGAGGAGCCGCAGGAUUCUGACCAAUGUUUUCAGGAGGUGAACAACUUCAUGGCAGCCUUCCUGUUUUCUCUGGAAACACAGACUUCUAUAGGGUAUGGUUUCCGAAAUGUGACUGAGGCCUGCCCCCUGGCGGUGCUUGCUGUCGUUUUGCAGUGCAUUGUGGGCUGCAUCAUCGACGCUUUCAUCAUCGGGGUGGUCAUGGCAAAGAUUGCCAAGCCCAAGAAGCGCAAUGAGACACUUGUGUUCUCAGAUGUGGCCGUAGUAGCUGUGAGGGAUGGGAAGCUCUGCAUGAUGUGGCGAGUGGGAAACCUGCGCAAAAGCCACCUGGUGGAGGCCCACGUCCGAGCACAGCUGCUGAAGCCAAGGGUGACCCCAGAGGGAGAGUUUCUACCUUUGGACCACAAGGACAUUAAUGUGGGCUUUGACAAAGGAACUGACCGGAUCUUUCUGGUGUCUCCGGUGACCAUUGUGCAUGAGAUCGACGAGGAGAGCCCUUUCUUCGAGAUGGACCGGAGAAUGCUGGAGUCAGAUGAAAAGCUGGAGGUGGUGGUCAUUCUAGAGGGCAUGGUCGAAGCCACUUCCAUGACCACACAGUGCCGCUCUUCUUACAUUGCGUCUGAGAUUCUCUGGGGUCACCACUUUGAGCCUGUGCUAUUCGCAAAGAAAUCUGGCUACCAGGUGGACUACUCAUACUUUAACAGGACAUAUGAGGUCCCUAACAUGCCAUCCUGCAGCGCUAAAGACCUAGCUGAGAAGAAGUACAUCAUGGGCUCCCAUUCCUCUUUCUGCUACGAGAAUGAAGUGGCUCUGCAGCUCUCCUCCUCUGCCCUUCCCUCCCCCAACAGCAUCUCACCAUCCCCCUCUUCCCCUCCUUCACCCUUUCUUCUCACUCCUAGAGGAGGCGCCUGCACUGAGCACCAAGAUACACACACUCACACUCAGCACAGGGGUCAAAGUGUAGAAUUAGGGUCACAGAGAGUGUGAAUAGAGAACACAGCGAUAUUUCAAGACAGUAGGGUUUCAUGAGGACAGGGAGAAAGUUGAGACAAUGGACAAAAAGUCUGACAGGAGAGAGAAAGGAGAAGGGAACUGAUUAAUGAUAGAGGAUCAAAAUCAGGAGAAAGGGGAUAAGCAGAGGGUGAAGAAAAGGUGGAGGCUGUGACAGCAAGCAAUAAAAAAGAAAUAUCAAACGCUUGAACAUAAAUAUGAACUCACUGCUGAAGCCUAAUAGAAAAAAAACCUGCUGUCCACAUUAUGAGAGUUAGACAGAGUAGAGAGUGUUCGAGUGAAGGAUGAAUUAAACAAACACAUUUCUCACUUACAGAUAAUAAGUAUAAUUGAGUCCAGAGGUGUCCAGAAAAUGUGUGUUUGCAUAAAUGAGGGAGAUUCAGUUGAUUAAUGGCAAUUAGUUCAAAACAGAAAACUAAGGACAGAGAGAAAUUGACAGAAUUAAAGCAGUUUGGGGGAAAGAGAGGCAUACGGAGAGGGAUUCAGAGGGCUAUUUUAGGAUGAGGAGGGUUGCAACACUGGCCCACUUGGCUGAUUGGACAUGGCAAUCUUUCAAAGUCAGUGUCACUGAUCGCUGAGUUCCAGUACUGAUACAGAUACACAACAGUGAUCCCUUAUGGCUGUAACAAGUAACUGCACCUAAGAAUGAAAGCCUGCUGUUUAGAUUACAGGUCAAGUCAAGUUCAAAACUGUGUUUCCAGGAGGAUAGUGUGACACCGAAUGCACAAGUGUGUGGAAAAAAGACAAUGAUAUAAAAAUGCAUAAAAACACAUCAGCACAAUACAGUAAGUGCAAUACAGGACAGUGUUGGACACACGGAACAUGGACAUUAACAGAACGAACUGUGCAAAGGAGUCGAGAUCAGAAACUCUCUAUCAGAAAGGUGUGUGCAAGAGCAUAUAGAGUUGGUUUUUUUUUUUUUUUUUAAUGCGCAACCUCUCGUGGACCUGGUGUGUAACUUAUUUACUUCAUUUACUGAGUCGGUCACUUUUAGGAAGCUGAAGUGGCAAAAUAGACUCACAGAUGGCACGUAGGAGUGGUAUAGCCAGUGCCCUAUGUUAAAUUGUGUUUUGUUCAGUUUGAUAAAAUGGGAAACUAAUUAGAAUAUAAAUAGCAUAUGUGAAACUUAAUAUGUAACCACACUGGAUCUUUGAUACUCACCUUUGAGAAACUAAAUAUACUUAUAUAUUUUAUAUGUAAUCAUUUAUUUAUUGUACAUGAUUUGGAAUAGGGCGCACGGUGGCUUAGUGGUUAGCAUGUUCACCUCACACCUCCAGGGUCGGGGUUUGAUUCCCACUGUGGCGGAGUUUGCAUGUUCUCCCUAUGCUGCAGGGGGGUACUCCGGUUUCCUCCCCCAGUCCAAAAUGCAUGGUACAUGCAUGGUAGGCGGAUUGGCAUGUCCAAAGUGUCCGUAGUGUAUGAAUGUGAGUGUGUAUGUGAUUGUGCCCUGCGAUGGAUUGGCACCCUGUGCAGGGUGUACCCCGCCUUGUGCCCGAUGCUGCUCGGGAUAGGCUCUGAAAAGGAUAAGUGGUAUAGAGGAUGGAUGGAUUAUUUGGAAUAUUUCUUUCAAAAGAAAUGAGUUUUUAGAUGUUACCUUUUGUAAUGAGAAUCCACUACACUUAAUAAGAAAUUAAGCUAGCACUACUGUGUAUCAAGACACCACUUAACAUCAGUAACACUUGAUUUUUAUUCAGGGUAUUCAACAAAUACAAAAUAUUCAGUGUUUUGCUAAACACACACCACAGCUUUUAUUUUGCACAUUUGGCUGACAGUACUGAUGCGUUUUGCACUUCAGAGAAGGACAAAUGUGUCUGACAGUUUAGAAAAUGUCCAGAAGGAUUCAGAGGAAGAGUUUAUCUGUGCAAAUGACCAUUUUCUGAUGUUUAUUUCAACUGCUUUCAUGCUUUGCUACUUUUGGGACUGAGUGCUCCAGGGCAACAGGAACUAUUAUCUAUAGCCACAGUUUUAUUUACACUUUGAUAAUGUGUGUAGCUUCAUGCUGCUAUAAAGUUUCUUUCUCUAUCACUGACUGUCUUUCCCCCCUUUUUUUAGUUUCCUUAAAAAAAACCCCACUUGCCUCCAAAUGCCCAGAAAGUUGCUGAACAGGUCAGGGAGGGGAUGGGGAUGGGGUGGUG